GCUUAGGCGAAGGAUCGGGACGCCGUGGGAAAAGCCCAGGAUGGCGGGCGAGUUAAGAGUGUUUUCCCUGGCCUGUGCUGUGCAGAACUACGCAUGGGGCAAGCCAGGCCGGGACAGCCAAGUGGCACGGCUUUUAGAAAGCAACGACCCAAUGACACAGAUUGAAGCCGACAAGCCAUACGCCGAGCUCUGGAUGGGUGCUCACCCCAAGGGAGAUGCUGUCAUUCUGGAUAACCGCAUUCCCCAAAAGACCUUAAGCCAAUGGAUUGCAGAUAACCCUUCCUGCCUGGGGUCAAAGGUGAAGGACAGCUUUCAAGGCCAGCUGCCUUUCCUCUUCAAAGUGCUGUCGGUCAAUACCGCUUUGUCCAUUCAGGCCCAUCCCACCAAGGAACUGGCAGAGAAACUGCACGCUCAGUAUCCAGAACACUAUCCAGACACCAAUCACAAGCCUGAGAUGGCCAUCGCCCUAACUCCCUUUGAAGGCCUGUGCGGUUUCCGGCCUGUGGAAGAGAUUGUAGCUUUCCUCCAGCAUGUCCCUGAAUUUCGAGCUUUGAUCGGCAACGUAGCGGCGGAACAACUGGAGCGAAGUGGGAGAGACGACCCCCGUGGUGUGUCAGCUGCUCUGAGAGUCUGCUUCACCAGGAUGAUGAAGACCGAGAAGAAGGUCUUUGUUGAUCACCUCAACCAGCUGGUCAAGCGGAUUUCCCAAGAAGCUGCUGCAGGAAAAGAUACUUCAGCCAGUUGUGGUGAGCUCCUUCUCAGGUUACACUCUCAGUACCCGGGCGAUAUCGGUUGCUUUGUUAUCUACUUCCUGAACCAGAUGAAGCUGCAGCCUGGGGACUGCAUGUUCCUGGGAGCAAAUGAACCUCACGCCUACCUCUACGGAGACUGCAUCGAAUGUAUGGCUUGUUCCGACAACACGGUGCGUGCCGGUCUGACGCCCAAAUACAUCGACGUUCUGACCCUGUGUGAAAUGUUGAACUACACACCAGCUCCUGCCAGCUCAAAGUUGUUGGUCCCUAUUCAAAGCCGCCUGGAUCCUUGCAUCUCCCUGUAUGACCCUCCCAUUCCAGAUUUUGCUGUCAUGAAGGUAGAGAUCCCUUCCUCCAUCAAGCUGUACCUCAUUUCGGCCAUCGACUCGGCAAGCAUCCUGCUGGUGGUCCAGGGUUCGGCCGCCGGCACUUCCACGGCCGCUCUAUCUGAAAUAGCUCUGCGCCCCGGCACUGUGCUGUUCAUCUCUGCCAACGAGAGCCUCUCUUUGCAUUUUAAUUCGGCCGACGGGAUGGUUCUCUUCCGGGCUUUCUGCCUCUUAUAAUAAGGGACACCGAGCCAUUUUCCUCCUUAGAGUAAUUCAAGAUCAGUAGAAGCUGCACCUCUCCCAUUUGUUUCACCCUUCAGAGACUGAGGCUCAGGCUGUUUUUGAAUAUCAACGGUCUUCUCUCCUUGGCCACUGCUACAUUUGUCCAUGGCUCCAAAAAUGUAAGGUUGGAAAUGCUUUAGUAGCCCUGCCGCCCCCGAAGUGGAGGCACACACGGAGGCUGUGGGCAGUGCUUUGUUUUCCUGCGUUGGCAAAGAACGCAACGUCUCAGUAGAUGCUUCUCUGGUGUCAUGCUUCUUUGAAUAGUAGGGUUGUGGUCUCUGUAUCUUAAGACUAAAACAGUGUUUUUUUUCAGUCUUGGCAACUUGAAGGCGGGUGGACCUCAACUCCCAGAAACCUCCCAGACUUAAGGCUUGCAAAUUAAUGGGGUGGUUGAAGAGGGCCACACAGUAAUCAAUGAUAGUGUAAUGUGGGAAAAAUUGGUCGUCAUGUGAUGAUUUGCCUAAUGACCGCACUAAUUCGGCUCCCAAUUGUGGCCAAUCAAAGCUACCUGAAAUGUUUUCACUGGACAAGCUUUGGACCCUGUACUAUCCUCUUUCACACACACGCACAAACACUGACCCUGGCCCUUACCCUGGACCCUGAUAAGCAUCCUAACUGUAGACUUUUUGAUCAACACAUUAUACAUCUUAGUGAGUCUAGCCUUGAAUACUGUGCCAAUCCAACCAUCACUUUAAGCCACGAUGUUUGGCCUAGUGGCUAAGGCACCAGACUAGAAACCAGGAGACUGUGAGUUCUAGUCCUGCCUUAGGUGUGAAAGCUGGCUGGGCGACUUUGGGCCACUUUCAGCCCAACCCACCUCAUAGAGGUUGUUAUAUGGAAAACAGGAGGAGGAAGGAACAAAAAUAAUAAAGGAGGAAUAAAAAUCAAAUAAAUAAAAGUAAAUAAUACUUUUGUUUACCCAGGCGUGACAAGCUAUUUCCUGGUGUGUUUUUUUAAUAGCAUGCGAUACAAACCCAGUUUAUGGAUGAAUAAACUGAUCUAAAGUCUAGUUGGCAUUCUUACUGUGAUUAGAACAUCAGUUUCAGAAAACAAAGGUAUAAAGUAUGUAGAAUAGAAGGUACUUUAUUUGAUAAGACUCUUUCCUUGGUUAGACUGUACAAAAAAAAAAAGACACACAAUUAACCGAGUACACAUUAAAUAUCCCAUAAGAUUGUC